AUGGGCUCUCAGAUCGACUCGCAGGACGAGUUCACGGUCCUCGUGACCGGCUUCGGCCCUUUCAAAGCCGCCUACCCCGUCAACCCUUCGUGGGAGAUCGCACGCCGCCUACCGUCCCACCUACCAGCAACCUCCGUGCCCGCCGCCGCCGCCGCCGACGCCGACCCCUCCACGGCGCCAGCCUUACCACUGCCGCCCGUCCGGAUCCUCGUCCACCCCGAGGCCAUCCGCGUCAACUACCAAGUCGUCCGAGGUCUCGUGCCGACUCUCUGGGACCAGCUCCCCCACGACACCCCCGGCAACCCCUCGGCGGCACCGCCAAGUGAAGGCCCCAGCCCGCCACGCAUCGACCUCUGCAUCCACAUCGGCAUGGCAGGCCCGCGGCCCUUCUACUGCAUCGAGCGCCGCGGCCACCGCGACGGCUACGCGAUGCCCGACGUCGACGGCACGCGCCUCGACGACGACGACCGGUGGCGCGAGCAAGGCCCCGACUGGGUCUGGGCCGAGACCCCGCCCGAGCUCGAGACGGACGUCGACGUGCGCGACGCGCUGCGGCGCUGGCGGCGGCUGAGCCCCGACGACGCCGACCUGCGCAUCUCCGAGGACGCGGGGCGCUACCUGUGCGACUUUAUCUACAUGUCGAGCCUGGCGCACCUCUAUCGCCGGGGCGAGCGGCGGCGCGUCGUCUUCUUGCACGUGCCGUGUGACGCGAGCGAGGAGGCUGUCGGCCGAGGCACCGAGCUGGCGACGGGGCUCGUGAGGGCCUUGGUCGAGAGCGAGGUGCAGAGCAGGCGGAGUGCGGACAUCAGGAAGGAGGAUAAGAUUGCCGUCGAGCUACGGGUGUGAUAUUGCGUGACUUGUGUGGUCUGCGGUAAACUUUAUGGGCCAAGAGAGCACUGAAACCAGUCCUGGUCCUUCUCAUUUUACUUUUUUUGUUUUGUGUGUGAAGAAAUCAUUAGCUAUAGCUGGGCGUCGCUAACCUGUUAUAGCCCACGUUCGACUUUCUACUUGCAUAGCAAAUGAACGUGUAUUAAUGUC